GGCUUACUUAACCGGUUAAAAUAGGAUGUCAACAAGUGACGCAGGAGAGCUCAGAGUUGUAGGAGGAGAGACAGCUACGCCUCUGUACGGGACACCACCAGCAGCAGCAGCAACAAGGACACGGGCUACAACUGCAAGAGAACAACAAGAUGAAACAUUUGGUGAAACGUUUAAGCAGGAGGAACGCCAUGGUGACAAACGCCCAGCUGAGCAGUUCUCUCACCAAUCAGCAAUCACACAGAAGGAAACACACAAAGCACUAAGAAAGGACCAAACUUCUUCCUGUGGUGAUGCAGAUAUCCAGUUCCAGCAGUCCAGCUUCACCUCCUGCCACGUCCUCAGACUCUCCACUAAUCCAGGCAUAAAACACAGCAAGAGUUUAUACAGAUUGAUUGAACCACAGCGAGUUGAGAUCAAGGACAGCAGUUUUCAGAUUAAUGGAAGAACGUCUGCAUCACAAACCUCUAUAGAGGCACCCAGCAUCUAUCGAUUGUCAGAGGUAAUACCAUUUCCAGCCAAGGAGAAAGACAAGGUCAUCACUGCUGAUUGCAAUGAACUGGAGAUUACCAGGGACUUGAGCAGAACUCAGGCUUGUUCAAAUAGUGACUUUGGGACACAUAAGCUUAAUGCCUUGCACAGACUUCCAUUUGGAUCACAACCAAGGACUUACACUGGAUCUCUAACUCGAGCUGAGUCAGAGGGAAAUAUACAGGACCGUACAAAAGGCCUUGCAGACCGUCUUCAGGAAUUAGCUGACCCGCCCAGAACUAUGUUGUCUUCCUCCAUGGUCACGGUUCUCGCUCCUCACUGGAGUGGCCGACUGCGACGUUCCAAAAGAUUUGAUGGAACCGGCAGCUCUGAAGCCCAGGGAAAUACGCAAGAUGUGACAGGUGCUGCAGCAAACCGUGGUUUUCAGCAGACUCGGAGCCAACAUGGUGUGGAGAGGGGGUUUACAGGUGGACUGGGAACCCAACUGAGGCCUCCAUUUUCAGAUCUCAGGAGGAACACAGUGGACUGGUCAACUAAAAGUGAUCCUUUGAGCUUGGAAUCUAAAAGGGAAAUGAUUAAAACUGUUUCUUUGGACGUGAACUCUGGAAGGAUGGACAAUAGAAAAAUAGACAGAGGUUCUUUAAGCACUUUAGCUACCAGUGCCUCUGUAUCGCAGAGCCAAAAUGAACAAAGGCAAAAUCCACAAACUGUCCAUCAAGGUGGACACUCAUCUUCAAGCUCCAAACCAACAACCAGCAACGUACUUCUUUCUUUAAGGAGAGGCAACAUCGGUGGCAAGAAUCUCUCACAGAGCUUUCUCAAUAAUAAUGAACAAGAGAGGCCAAAGCCGCUCCUCUCUCCAUCAUCUAUUUCUUACAGGACAACUGAAACUAGCCCUGUCCUUUCCCCAUCACCCUCCAGCCUGAGAGAGCAGAGCACCUCUGACAGGUUCAUCUUUGCACCUUUACCAGUGGACAAAAAUGCAGACGGCAAACCCUUUGUCCAACAGUCUCUGACAAUAAAUAGGAUUCAGUCCAGUCUCACAUCCUCACAGACAUUUUUAGGUAAAGGACCAUCAGAAAGUCAACAGAACUACAGGGACAGAAGUAAAACUCUAUUUUCAGAGACCCCAGUCUCCUUGUCCAGACAGCCCCCAUUUGACUCUUCUGCCCAAGUGAAAACCCAGUCCUUUCCUAAAAGGACCACGCUGAAACAAACUUCCUGGUGGAAGCAAGUUACCCAGGAAAGCAGUUUCCCUUUCACCCCAAAAGACACAACCAACAACAAAGACAAGCCAAACACAACCUUAAUUCCACCCUCCAAUAAUAAUAGUGACAUGACAUCUCCAAGUCAGCCUGAUAACAAAAGCAGGGGUAGUCCGGUCAACAACAACAGAGACAACAAUAACACAGCAGAGUCAGUUUGCACAGGUAAUAUGAACCUUUUUAUGAGGGCACAGGGAGGAACUCACCAUCUCGGACAAAGAAAUGCUGGGAAUUCACCUGACUGUGAUUUGCACAGGUCUGUCAAGGACCAGUAUAGCUCAAAUGUAAACAACAGAGAAUACCCAAAGCCGCACAGUGUGCCAGAUGUUUUGUCUAGUUCUAAAAUUAGCAGAGCUACAGCACAAACAACACUGUGUCAACCUAAAGAUCCAGGCAAAUAUGAUUUAACCGAUAGUUCAUAUACAGCAAAUAUGUCUGAGUUACCAUCUGCUUUGCAAAAUCCCAGGAGCUCAGAUACACCCACAGAGAGCAGCAGCAAGUACAAAAAUAAUUAUUUCCCACCCAAACCCAACAACACCCCCAUGCCUCCUCACAGCGUAGACUCACACAGGUUUAUCAGCACACCGCUCUCUCUUGAUAUCACCAGUACUGUCAAUGGUAAAGUUCAUACAUCUCAAAAUGCCUCUGGUCCCCAAACCUCAAAAAUGAAAAGUAGUCCUUCCUACCAUUCUCAGUCUGUUCCUUCUCAGACCAAUAUUCAUACCUCGGCAUAUGCAACCUCCACUGGCUCUUUGUCCCAGAAAACAAAAUUUACCAACAUUUCCUCUGCCACACCUCUUGGAUUUGAAAGAAGUUAUGCUUCCAUUCCUAAACCUUUCCACCCUAAAAGUAUGUCCAGUCUGAUUUCCACAGUCUGUUCUGUCUCCAAAAAAGACUAUAGCGCCACUGCUUCCAACUCUUCUUCCUCUGCCACUGGCAGCCACCCUGUAGCCACCACUGCCUCAAGUUCUUCCCUUCUCAGUCCUGCUGUCACCUCUGCCGUUACCUCUCCUACCUCUGCCACUGUCUCCACUCUCCUAACGCCUCCUGCAACCCCAGUUAUUACCAACUCCACUUCAGAAACUUCAAGCCCUAAAAAAGAGGGGAAAUAUUCCAGCAGCUCAGAGAAAGAGCCAAAGAAACUUGAGAAAAAGAAAGUGAGAAGAGUGACAUGGGAUGACUCAGUGGAUCUGCAACAGUCAGAGUCCAUCGCUGUGGAGAAGCCAGAGUCGUCAGAAGUCCAAGCGACCCCUCAAGCUACAUCUAAGCACAUGCGAAAUGCUCCAUCCAUCUUCUCCUUUCUGAGAUUGAGCAGUUCAACAAGUUCUUCUGUUUGUCCCCCUAAACCCAAGACCUCCAGCACUGAGGUGGAAAAACCAGGAAAGUAUAGAUCCUUAUCAUCUGACUCGGCUGAUUUAGCAUUCAGGGAGUUUGAGCGAAGCAAGCAAAGAGCUGGUGAUACUAUGAUUUUUUACCAGGGAAGACAGGACUUGCCCACACCAAGGCAUGAAAGGACACUAUCAGUGGAAUCUGGCACAGUUCAGUGCCGUACUUCAGCUCCUGUCUCCCUCCCUCCUGACUUUUCAAGUGGCUAUAAGGUUCGUUAUAGCUCUCCUCCUUACUCCACGCUCAUGUCCGCAAGGAUGACACAAGGGGGGACAAAGACGAGAACGACCAGACCAACCCUCUUCUCACAACCCUCCCAGUCAAAUUACACCCCACAUCUCUCUGUAAAUACUGACCCAGUUUCAGUCAUGACCUUAUCCACAUCCAAACCUCCUAUGUCACCUCCCAGACCCUCCCUUUCCCUGUCCUUACCCCUCCAAAAGAAACCUCCCAAACAAGAAAGUCCAAAUGUUGAGGUUUCAGAAGCUGAUCGAGCAAGCAACAAUAACAGCGGAGAUAAAGGCCAAGAGCGAAAGCUGUUACUUGUAGACAACAGAAUUCACAUCAGACCUCCUUCCCUGCAAGGUGAUAAGGCAGACGGCUCCACAUAUGUAACUGAGACACUGGUUUACAGCCUUAAAUCCAAAGUAGAUGCAUCGACAGCCGCAAAAAACACCACACCUAAUGCUUUACAGCAUACCAAUAACACGCCGGUUUCCAUGGAGACCAAAUUUGGUCAACAGUCCCUGACAGGGCAGAGUAAAGGAGCAGCAGGUGAACCAUGUCGUCAUUCAGGUCAGAGCUCCAACAGCAGCAGCUCAACAGAGAGUCAGUCCCGGGAGACAGAAGACUCCAGCAAAAGCAUGAAGGAGACUAUAAUGGGGAAAAGCAGGUUUUUCUCAGUGGACGUUAAUAAUGAACAAAACACAAAGAGAAGCCGAUUUGCACUGAAGAAGAGCGUCAGUACACCAAACUCCAGUUUGACAAGGUCAGAGUCAGACAGGGCCAAGAGUAACAACAAAGUAGACCAAGUCUUUAGCAAACUAAAGCAAAAAUUAAGCACAAGAUGGUCAACCUCACAAGCACCUUCUGUUAGCGGAUCGAGCGAUGUGAGCGAUGUGAGUGUUGAGAGUAGCAAAAUUCCAGAGGAAACAGUGCCAGAGAAAGUAAUGGUGCUGAACGACAAUCAGGAAACAGAGGCUUCGAACAGGUGGACGCAAGAUAGAUACAUUCUGAUACCGUCCUCGGCUGCUGGAAACACAAAAGUUGGAAAUCAGCAUUCCAGCUGGACCGAAAAAUCAUCUCUAGAAACAGACCGUGACAUGCAAAAUGCUUGUGCAGAACAAAUUUCUGAAAAGAAAGGCCCAGUUUAUCUGACGGUCCACGGUCCAACAGUUGACCAGUUAGACCUUGAACAAGACCAAGUAGAUUAUAAAGCAACAAGCCUCUCUUCCAGAGAUCCAAGUCCCAGUAGAAGUCCAGCUUUUCCAGCUUCAUUCAGGAGAUCCACACCUAGCCCCAGGAGUCCAUUCUCUCCCUUCUCCUCUCUUUCACCAAUGUCCCCAUUUUCCUCGUCUGAUGUAACAGACGACAGCGUCUUCUACAGCCCAAAGCUGCACCGCCGCAGAGAAUGCUCCUCUCCGUGCGAGCACGGAGAAGGGAUCAGCUUGGGGGUUCCAAGAAAAAGCCGGGCAUCCGUAGGUCCUCCAUGUGUGAGCCCAGGACAUGACAAGGAAAACUUGGCAUCCUCUUAUGCAGACUUAAAGUAUGGCAUUGAGCCUGGGAAGUCCUUUUCUGUGAGUUCUGUUCUCUCCAGUCGACCCUCUGGACCGGGACGUAUUUCCACAGGAUCCAGAUUCAUGAGUGUGGGUGACCUCUCUCAGUCUGCCUUCUCUUGUGGAGGUAAUAGUGGAGAUUUGGAUCAGUGGUCUGUCAAAUCCGAUUGGAGCACAGUGUAUGACUUUCAGGCUUCUGAGGAUGGUCGAAAAUCAUAUUUCCCAAGUGAUCCUGGUAAAAUGCGAUCAAGAUCUUUGCCUCGAUCGCUUACCAGGUGCUUGGCAAACUGGAGCUCUGGAGACUCUCCUCAACAUGUAAAUGCUACAGCUUCCAAGCCUGCUCACCUCCGGAGUCCAAACAUGAACAUUUGCCAGUUUGUGUGGGAUGCAGAGGCCCCGCCCACUCCUCCUCCAACACCUCCUCUGUCACCAGUGUCCAGGCGCAUGUCCAAAGCACCCAGCCUUUCCUCUCCGACCUUUCCUAGCUCGCCAGGAGUACUACAUCCAGGGGACAGCCAGUCCAGGGGGCAUUUGCCCUCCAGAGGUUAUGUAUCCAGCCUCAGCACCUUUGAUGAGUCAUCAGACAGCAGCUCGGACACAACAACUGAUGACGAAUACUACUUAGAAACAGAUGAUGAGGGAGAAAAAGAGACAGAACUGUAAAAGCAGAACAAGUGCUUUAAAAAUGCAAGUUUCUGAAACAUCCAUGAGGGAGGGGAUAAAGGAGGUGCUGUAAUCUUUUGCUGUGUAAUGACAUCUGCAUCUCUCCUGCUUUUGUUUUUUUGUUUUGUGUUUUUUCACUCUGUUGAGACCUGAGCUCAGUCGGGACACCAGGUAUCCUGCAUGAUUUGGUUUUCGGAAGUGGUUGUUGUGGUCAGGGUAAAAAUAUACACAAUACAAGUAAGCAUGGAUUAUCAGCAUAAGUUUAAAUACGUUUUAAGUAUGUACCAUAUGUUGUAUUUGAAUGCAGACCUGUAAUUCCUGGAUAACAAAUAGACAUUUAUAGUUUGAGUGUCGCAUGGCAUUAGUGAGGUAUAUGCUGUAUCUUUGUAGUUGUUUCAAAGAACAAACUACUCUGUAAGCUUAGGCUUUUUGCACAAGUCUUUAGGUUUGCAUUUCAUCCUAGUAGGUAGCAAUAAGUACUGAGGUAACGUGGAUAAAUGUGCUGUCAUAUGAUAUUCCAUCAUCUCUGUUCUGCUAUGUUUAAGAAAUGAAAUUAGUUUUUGGUAAAUGUUCUAAUCGUAAAGCUGAUAUUUUCUUAGCACUUGUUUUGUUUUGUUUUUCAAAACAGGAAGAGUUUUGGUUUAAAAUGGUUUUUUUUGUACUUAGGGAUGAAAUAUAAUCUUGAUAUGAUUAACAUUUGUUUUCACCCUUAUAAAGUGCUCUAUACGGUGCCUGCUCUUAUUUGCACAGUGAUAAAUUCUUAAUAUAUCUAUUUUAUAAAUAAAUGUAAUAUUUCUAACAAGA